AAAUGCAUUAAGAAGGUUCUUCUCCAUUCGUGGUCCAGCUAAGCAUCUGCGUUCAGACAGGGGGACAAAUUUUAUAGGAGCUUGUAAGGAACUAGACUUGGACGAAGAAAACACUCCUGUACAGAAGUACCUGCAGGAGAGAGGAUGUGUUUGGACUUUCAACCCCCCUCAUGCUUCUCACAUGGGAGGAUCCUGGGAGCGCUUCAUAGGAAUCGCCAGGCGCAUACUAGAUGCAAUGCUCUCACAAACAGAACAGACAUGUCUCACUCAUGAAGUCUUAAGCACCUUUAUGGCUGAGGUGAUGGCAAUUAUUAAUGCAAGACCUCUUGUUCCCAUAUCCACCGAUCCUGACUGUCCUGCGCUACUCACUCCAGCAAUGUUGCUAACACAGAAAACGAGUGCUGUUUCUGCUCCGUCKGGGAACUUUUCUUCAGGACAGCUGUUUGGAAAGYAGUGGAAACACGUGCAGCAUCUUGCUGACACCUUUUGGAAAAGAUGGAAAGGAGAAUAUUUGCCCACUUUACAAAGUCGCCGCAAAUGGACUGAAACCAGACCAAACAUCAAAGAAGGAGAUGUGGUUCUGCUAAAAGACUCUCAGGCUAGCAGGAAUGAGUGGCCCAUGGGACUGGUGGUGAGGACUUUUACCAGUAGAGACAAAAGAGUCCGCAAAGUGGAAGUGCGGAUUGCACAAAAUGGGACUGUUAAAGUAUUCUUAAGACCAGUUUCAAAGAUUGUUGUUUUACUUUCAGAAACCAAGGGAGUUUAAACAUGUUGUAAUAUUGUUUGUUGUGAUAUAAUGUGAUUAURUCAAGCGGGGAGUGUGCUGCCUUUUGUUAAGACAGAAGUUUAAAGUUAUAAUUAGUUUAAGU